CCUCGCUGAUUCCCCCUGCUACUCCUGAAACUCUACUUUCUACUGUUCGACACUAAAGUGACUCAUACAAUGGCUGCGGAAAACCCUCCCUCGCAGAGCCGUCUUUCGACGCGCAUCUCCCUCCGUUGGGUCCCCGAGCCCGCCUUCGAAAAUACUGACACGAUAGUGAUGUCGGUCGCCGGCUGGUAUGUUGACCUUCGCGUUGACAAGGCCUCCUGCGAUAUCGACUGGGCUAUUGCGGGCCAGCGAGUUGUCGAUGAUGCGGAUUCCAGUCGGGUGUCGUUCACCCAUGAACUCGAUUCCCAGAACUCGUUUGAUGCGGUCGACUGCGGUACAUUCUCCACUCUUCCCAAUGGCGAUGAUCUUGAGAAGGGCUCGAUGCCUCGUGCGGACCUCCCUGGCUCCCCGGUGGCGGAAUAUGAGGAAGUCUGGCGUGAGCUGAAGUUUCGGCAAGGCCCAGAGGGCUCCGAUAAGGGUCUUUCGUGGGUUCUUGAGUCAAAGCAGAAAUCCCUGGAGGAAGGGGAGGAGGCUGAAGUGGAAAGGACUUUCCUUGGAAGAGUCUGGGGUACAUACCUGGCUCUGCGCCAGGUUCAGAUACAUACUCGUCCCAGAGGUUCAUCUGCGACUGUUAUCAAAGAAGGAAGGGAAGUCAGUGCCAGGAGGGAGGAAUGGGACUUUGCUUCCGGUUGGCAGCUCAAGUACUCCAUAGGUCCCGCCGGAGCUCAGCUACCAUCUCUGGCCCAAACUCUCGACGAUGGAUCAUGGCAGACUGGUCAGACAAUUACACUUGAAGGUAAAGAAUACAUUGUCAGAGGAUUCGAAAUAAUAGUCUAAGCGGUAGCGGGCCUUGCCAGCGUCCAUCUCCACAACGGCCUUGUUGGCGUCCUUCAUGGAGCGUUCCUCGAUCCAAGGCUGAACCUUCUUCUCGGCAGCCAGAGCCAGCAUCUCACGGAUCUCGUUGGGGCCU